AUGCAAAUCAGACUCCGCCACCUCCUCCUCCUCCUCGCAGUCCUCCUCUGCCUCGUCGACCACGCCGACGCAAACCGCUCCUACUACACCUGGUUCCGCAGAAGGGGCGGUCUGCCGCCCGUACUGUGCAUCGUGACCAAGUGGUGGUGGGAAAGAGCCCACCAGGCGUGCCGGCCCGGCAUCGAGGGCCCUUCGGACUGGGUUGAUCCCGAUAAGCCUGUUCUCCCCAAGACCGAAUAUUAG